AUGAAAAGCCUCACUGUUGCUGAUUUCUCUUUCAAUGAUUUCUCCGGAAAGGUCCCAGAAUCCGGUCAGUUCUCCCUCUUUAAUGCCUCCUCUUUUGCAGGAAAUCCUCAACUCUGUGGUCCUCUACUUAACAAUCCUUGCAAUUUCACCACCAUCACAAACACACCAGGAAAAGCCCCAAGUGACUUCAAGCUCAUCUUCGCUUUAGGCUUGCUGAUGUGCUCUCUGAUAUUUGCAACUGCUGCCAUAAUAAAGGCCAAGUCUUUCAAGAAAAACAGCUCAGAUUCUUGGAAGAUGACAGCUUUCCAAAAGCUAGAAUUCACUGUCACAGACAUCCUGGAAUGUGUAAAAGAUGGAAACGUAAUUGGUAGAGGAGGAGCUGGGAUUGUAUACCAUGGGAAAAUGCCAAAUGGGGUUGAAAUUGCAGUUAAAAAACUACUUGGUUUUGGCACCAAUAGCCAUGACCAUGGCUUUAGAGCAGAAAUUCAAACACUAGGCAGCAUUAGGCAUCGAAACAUCGUUAGAUUGCUUGCUUUCUGCUCCAACAAAGAAACCAACUUGUUGGUUUAUGAGUACAUGAGAAAUGGAAGCCUAGGAGAAGCCUUACAUGGCAAAAAGGGUUCUUUCUUGGGUUGGAAUUUGAGGUACAAAAUCGCCAUUGAGGCUGCUAAAGGCCUAUGCUACCUCCACCAUGAUUGUUCACCAUUGAUCGUUCAUCGAGAUGUAAAAUCCAACAAUAUUCUGUUAAAUUCGAGCUUCGAAGCACAUGUUGCAGAUUUCGGAUUAGCAAAAUUCCUUAUUGAUGGGGGAACAUCAGAAUGUAUGUCAGCAAUUGCAGGGUCUUAUGGCUACAUAGCACCCGAAUAUGCAUACACAUUGAAGGUGGACGAGAAGAGUGAUGUGUAUAGUUUUGGAGUUGUUCUCUUGGAGCUGCUAACAGGACGACGACCGGUGGGUGAUUUCGGCGAAGGGGUGGAUAUUGUACAAUGGAGCAAAAGAGUAACAAAUAAUCGGAGAGAAGAUGUGAUGCGCAUUGUUGAUCCAAGACUAACAAUGGUGCCUAGAGAUGAAGCAAUGCAUCUAUUUUUCAUUGCAAUGUUGUGUUGCCAAGAAAAUAGCAUUGAACGUCCUACAAUGAGAGAAUUAAUUCAAAUGCUCUCUGAAUUUCCUCGUAACUCUCCAAAUUACCAUUCUUCAUCAUCUUCUAUUGUUUCCCAACAACUGAAAAAUGGGGAAAAUGGGAAAAUCCUUGCAAAAUCCAAACAAGAUCUUUUAGUUUAAGCUUGAAUAAUUUUCUUUUUCCCUUUGAAUUUUAAUGCUGUCUUUAAAUUGGCUUGAUUUUUGUUAUAGCUUUUUUUUUUUUUAUUAAUGUGCAAAGAAUAAUUUUUUUUC